CGAACUUAGCCCUGUUGGAAGUGCACUCGUUUUAUUAAUUUGCAUUGCCGGGAUGGGCGGGAUUCAGAUCAACGCACAAAGAAUAAAUACUCACGCCCGCUGAAGAGAUUUAUGAGACGACUGAGGAACAAAUCGAGGUCACUCGAUAUAAACACUUCCUUUUAGUUGAUACCAGCGAGUGUAAAGGGACAGUGAGAACAACUAGCUGACGCUACACAGCAGUAACUGUAUAGAAGACAGCAGAAGGGCACAGCAUGCACUCUGGAUGGUCCAUUUGUUUGUCCUGCAGCCAAGUACUCUGUAUAUGACUACAUUUUGAAGACAGAUGUGCAUUUAGUGAAACAAUAUCUUCAAUCCCCCCCCCCCCCCAGUACAUCCAUGUGUAUAAUUUUCUUCAAGUUUGACCCCCGGCCUGCAUCCAAAAAUGCCUACAGGCUGAUUUUGGCUGCAAACAGAGAUGAGUUCUACAACAGGCCGUCCAAAGCUGCAGACUUCUGGGGGACCAACAGUGAGAUCCUCAGCGGCCUGGACCUGGAGUGUAGUAAGGAGGGAGGAUCAUGGCUGGGGAUCAGCAAGCGGGGCAAGCUGGCUGCAAUCACCAACUACAUGGAGGGACGUCUCAACCCUGAUGCACAAGGAAGAGGAUUUCUAGUGUCUAACUACCUAAUGGACAAGGAUCUGGACUGUUACUCAUACCUAAAGAAGGUGUCGACAGAAAGCCACCAGUACAACGGCUUCAACCUCAUCACCGCGGAGUUCAAGGCCAAACAAGACAUUAUGUGUUACUAUGGAAACAGAGGCAGCCCUGAACCCAUCCAUCUAAAAGCAGCAGGAAUCUACGGCUUGAGUAAUUCACUGCUGGAAACUCCAUGGAGGAAACUGCUGCAAGGCAAGCGUCACUUCACCAGCGUGGUCAGCGACCAGUCCCUGUCCUGUGAUGGACUGGUGCAAGAGCUGCUCAACGUCCUCAACAAGGAGGAACUGAACACACCUGAUCCAGCUCAGGAGAGCCAGGGUGAUGGUUUAAGCAAGCUGGUGAUCCAGGCUCAGUCUGCAGUGUGUGUUCGCACCCCUCAAUAUGGCACAAGGACCAAUACAAUUAUCCUGAUAGACGCAGAAGGCAACGUGUCCUUCACAGAGCGCACCAUGCUCAACUGUGACACAAGCAAAUGGAGCACCAGUUCUUUCCAGUUCAAACUGCAGACGUAAAGACAAGAUGGAGGAAACCCACACUGUGCCUUUCUGCAUUACCUUUCCUUCCAUCACCCCCCCACCUUCCAUUUCCUCCUCAAGCUGCAGUUGACCAUAGUAGCUAUGUGUCAGCACAGUGAUAUGCAUCUAAUAUUCAUUAUUUAGGAUAAAAAUGCAUUUUUUGGAAAAUGUGUGCUAAUUUAACAGAUUGCCAAAGAAAAUUUCUUAUU